GAGCUCGGCUGCGGCAGGCGGCGGACGUCGGCUGCUGGGGGAAUAUCGCGACAGCGACACCGCGACAGCGACAGCGAUAUCGCGACAGCGCGACACCAACGAGCCUCGCCGCUUCUUGGAUUAUCCCUCUCGGGCUUUUUCUUGCGCCCGCUGGAUUACAAUUGCACCAUGACCCUGGAGGAGCUGGUGCCUUGCGAUAGCAGCAAGAUGCAGGCGGUGAGCGAGGCGGUGGAGCGGGUGCUGGUGGCGGCGCAGCGGCAGGACCGGCUCACCGUGGGCGUCUACGAGUCCGCCAAGCUGAUGAACGUAGACCCCGACAGCGUGGUGCUGUGCGUGCUGGCCACGGACGAGGAGGACGAAGGCGACAUCGCCCUGCAGAUCCACUUCACCCUCAUCCAAGCCUUCUGCUGCGACAACGACAUCCACAUCCUGCGCGUGUCGGGCAUGCAGCGCCUCGCCUCCAUCCUGGGCGACCCCGAGCCGGGCGCUGAGCCCCGCGACCUGCACUGCCUCCUGGUCACGAACCCGCACACGGACGCCUGGAAGAGCCAGGGGCUGGCGGAGGUGGCGAGUUACUGCGCCGAGAGCCGCGACAGGAACCAGUGGGUGCCCUACGUCUGCCUGCAGGAGCGCUGAGCCGGCCUCGUGCCGCCCGGCGCGGUGCCUGAAAGAGGAGGAGGAGGAGGAGGAAAAACCAACCCUAAAACCGCAGGGAGACGGAGGAGAAACAAGCAGUUAAACCAAACCAACCCAAACACCCGCCGAUUCUUCAUUUUUCUUUUUAAAACCGGAGAGGAGAAGGGAGCAGCCCGGCCGCACCGGUGGGCGUGGGAAGGACGAGCGGUGCCGGUGGCCCGGCGGGACGCGCGCCGGAGCCGUGCCGAGGAGUCGUGCUUGGCCGCGGGGCCGUGCCGAGGAGCCCCGGGAGGAGACGAGGGCUUUUUGUUUUCUUUUUGGCGUCCCUGACUCGAUUGAUGGAGGACUGCGGAGGGACGGAUUCGCAGAUGAACUUUUUUCCAGGGGGCGACGCUGGCGAUGGGACAGGCGUGCAGCACCACGGUCAGUUUUUGCACUUCAAGCCACUUGGAGACCCUGAUCCAAAUCUAUUGCAGAGUCUAUUCUUGUACUGAUUUAAAAUAAAAAUGUAUUUGCAA